AUGCCCAAACCAAAACACAGCCACAGCCCAGCCCCAGUAGACGAGCCUCCCAGGAAGAGGCAUAGAAAUCACGUUUCCUGGGCCAACACGGGGAAAAAUUCAAAGCAAGCUGACGAUAUUGUCGACUCCACGCGACCCCAAAUUUUCCAACCUGGAUACACUUGUGGUAGCAAGUCAUCGCCGUCGGAAGACCUGUUCGCGAACGGAGAUUCUUAUAAUUUCCGUGCGGAGCAUCAGCUUAGGGAUUACUUUUCUGCUGGAAAGUACUCAAAUCUAAGCGGCUACGUAAACCCGAUGUCAGAGGCGAAUUCCGAAUCGCUGGUCAUGGGAGAUUCAGGAACUUGGUGGCAAGAGUCAAGCCCCUAUGGCCCAGCGGCGGAGCAGGAGAACCUGGGGAUGAUGCGGAAGCUAGAAGCCCGAGGGCUAUCCAAUAGUUACGAGCUGGGUAUCAAGCCAACCACAUCGAAGCAGCAGAAGCAGAAUAUAGGCAAGGCCGAACAGGUUAGCGAGCUUUGGAGGGACCGCUACCACAUUGACGAUGCUCUGCGUGAUCUUAGAAAGUUGGAGGGUCGAUUACAGGACUGGAAUAAGCACCAGAUGGUUGUCGUAACCUCAACAGGGCAAUGA